AUGGCAACGGCAACGUGCAAAGUUCAUGGAGCUAACCCCGAGCCUAUAGCGGAGAACAGGGAUACGCUCUGUCGAAACGUCUUAAUCUAUGGUCACUGCCGAUACGAAGACCAAGGUUGUACCUUUUCCCACGAUCAAAACAAGAAUAACUCAAACCCACCAGACAUGUCUCGCAAAGCUCUAAAUGUCGAGUCUCCUUCCUUUACCCCUGCAAACCUGCAGUCUGCCGGCAAGAAACCAACUUUUUCUACACAAGCCGCCAAUGCACCGGCAUUUACACCCAGGGGGCUAGGAGCAUCCCCAGCUCUUUCAGCCACUCCCGCCGACCCAGAAAGUGCCAUAUUCAACCCAGCAGCCAUUCGCGAAUUCACUCCAAGCUUUGAGUUGAACUCACAGGGUGUUUCGAACGGAUCGAAUCAGGAUGGCCCUGUCAACUAUGACCCUUUUGCCAUGGCCUCAGUUGGCCAAGGCCUCCCCAGCGCACACUUCAAUCCUUAUGCCGACGAUCACAGUGCAAUGGCUGGGGCUGCCGGAGGGUUUUAUCAGCCCACUGGCGCCUUUGCUGCUCCUCUUCAGCCCUUGCAGCACCAUCUUUACGCACCGGUUGGGCCUUACAGAGAAGAUCUGAUGCCCUAUCACCGACUGACACACGACUUCUUCAUACCCGAAAAGUUGCGAGAGGACCUGCAAAGGAAGGCAGAAGCCUCACUUCAGGUUAUGCCCAAUUCACAACUACCUCAGAUGGAGAACUAUCAUUCUUUAGUACCGCUCGACACCAGCCAUCGAAAGAACACAAACGUCUUUUCUUAUCCCAGCUGGGUUUACAAAGCGACAUCAUCCAAGACGGGCAAUCUCUACUGCCUACGAAGACUGGAGGGCUUCAGACUCACAAACGAACACGCCAUCAGAUCCGUCAAAGACUGGAGGAAGAUUGACAAUGCAAACAUAGUUACAAUACACGAUGCAUUUACGGCACGAGCUUUCGGUGACAGCUCCCUUAUAUUUGUACAGGACUACCACCCUCUGGCCAAAACUCUAGCCGAAGUUCACCUGAGCACUGGCGCUGGCGCACCGUCACCAGGAAACCGCUUCCAAGCAAAGUCACCAGUUUCCGAAGCUGUAUUAUGGGGCUACAUAGCUCAGAUCGCAAACGCACUCAAGUCCAUUCACUCCAUCAACCUGGCCGCGCGCUGCAUCGACGUGACCAAAAUCAUCCUCACGGGCAAGAACCGCAUACGCCUCAACGCCUGCUCCAUCCUCGAUGUAGUCCAAUUCGAUAUGCGCCGCCCCGUCCCCGAACUCCAGCAAGAUGACUUCAUGCAGUUUGGCCGCACAAUCCUCUCCCUAGCCACCAACACGCCCCCAGCUCAACUCACCAACCUCAAAGCCUCCAUCGAAUUGAUGGCCCGCUCGUAUUCUGUCGAGCUCCGCGACACAAUCAUAUGGCUCCUUACGCCCGCCCAGCCACCUUCACAAAAGACCAUUGAAGAAUUCAUUCGCGGAAUUGCCGGCCAUAUCGUCACCACUCUCGACCAAUCUCAACACCAGUCUGACGACCUCAACUCCGAACUAUACCGGGAACUGGAAAACGGCCGCAUCGCCCGCCUGCUCCUCAAGCUUGGUUGCAUCAACGAGCGGCAGGAACUCGAAGGAGAUCGAGCGUGGUCCGAAAACGGAGAGAGGUACAUGCUCAAGCUGUUCAGGGACUAUGUCUUCCACCAGGUCGACGCUAGUGGGAACCCUGUGCUUGACAUGGGCCACAUGCUUCGGUGCCUGAAUAGGCUAGAUGCAGGGACUGACGAGAGGAUCUGCCUUACCAGCCGUGAUGAGCAGACCAGCUUCAUCGUCAGCUAUAAGGAGCUGAAGAAGCAACUGGGCAAUGCGUUUGGGGAGCUCCAGAAGACUAGCAAGCAGAGUAGGGGGUUCUAG